CAUUUUGCACGUUGGUGCAGUCAGAGCAAACGGCUCAAAACCGACUUCGGCGUUAAGCUGAGAUAAGCUGAGCCGCGGCAACACUACCAUGUAUCCACUUCCAUGAUGGAAGUGGAUACAUGGGAAAGGAACUGGACGCGUCGACUGACGAUGCAAGUUCCACCCAUCAUCCAAAAAUUGCUUUCCCCUUUCCCUUUUCACACUUACCUGGCAAUCCCUCCUCCACGCCAGUCCAAUAGAUACCCGACGCCCUGUCUAUGGAUCCAUCCUCCACACUCACCCAACGGCGUCCUCAGCUCCGACGUCGAGUGCUUCAAAUGGCGAGCCUACCUGGCUCCACGAGGUCUUGACCGCAUUGCCGUGCGCACCGACAUUGACCCUCAGGGUGCUAUCGAUGGGCAGCUUCCGAAUUUGCGGGACGGCGCGCAGCUGUUGGCAGCGAGGGAGCUGCCUGCUUGGGUCGACAGCAAGGUCAACACUGACAAUGAUAGUGGACUGGAAGGCUACGAAGAUGAGGCGGCACGUGACGAGAGUCGGGCAUGGGUGGCGUUGUUGGAAGGAUGCAUGCAUGCUGCUCUGCUCGCUUCUGUUCUCGCGCGGCCUCUAGCCCCGCUGUCAAGUCUCACUUCCCUCUUCCCUACCUUUGGCACGCGUAUCCCCCGCGAAGCUAUACAGUUGCGCUACUGGGAGGCCAUUAGAGGGUUCUCCGAGAGAUCGGGCACCGACAAGUGGUUCCUGUCAUCCGAGGCUCUAACACUACUCGAUGCACUCGUCUUUGCGUACUUGCACUGUAUACUUCACUCGAAAGCCUUGAUACGCCUCGAGGUGACGCGUAGGGUGAAUCUGGUUGCGUGGGAGUGGAGAGUGAAAGGAUUGGUUAAGGCGGCGUUUCUACCGAGGCGGCGAUCUGGACUUAUUGCUCCAUCCCUAUGA